AUGGAAGAAUCACUUGCACGAUUACAACAACCAACCCAAACAAUGGAAGGUAGUGACAGGUGCACUGAGCAGCACACAGCGGCCAAUGACACGAGAAAUGGAAGUACUUGGAAGCAUUGUGAUGAUACUGGACUAUUUGGGAUGGCUUGCCGGCAUGAUCAGAUGAUCAGGAUGAUCAACAUUGUCAAGAGUGGUGAGAAAUCCUAUUUCCCUUUAACCAUGAUUAACCACAUGGUACAGGUCACCAAAGAAGACCACGGAGCGCGCAAGAAGCUAGCAUUCCUGUAUGACAUAGGAUGCAACAUUGAGAAAGGAAUUAUCCGAAGGCAAAUGCAACUGGAGGCAAUGGAAAAUGAUACUGAAUUGCAAAUGAGAAAACAAGUAGAAGAGCUUGUUAUGUUGGACGACCAACUCCGAGCAACACAGAAAUGGUUGAACUCGGAAGAACCAGGCGCAGGAAUCGUACGGAAGCUCAGACCUUGCAGAUGGAACAAGGUCCUGAUCAUCUACGUGUGUUAG